GGAUGCAGAGAGAGGGGAGGCUAUAUAACAUUCUGGAGUUGUCUGGCGAUUGCCUAGUCUUGUGUCUCUAGCAACCUGAGAAGCUGCAUGCACGAAGGAUAUUGAAGAGGAAAAGACUAUAUCAUACUUGAGGGAGUAAUGUAUCUUGGGGGUAUUUUAACUUUACUGCUCCUGAGUUUGCAUGAGUCUCGUGGCAAAGUGCAACGAGUACCAUCAGUAGAAUGUGAUGAUGAGGACUUGAUAGAAGACAGCAUCCAUAACUACACCCUGCCCGAUUUGUGGGGGAUCCAGAAUAUCACCCUUUCUGACUAUAGAGACAAGGUGGUGCUAAUUGUCAAUGUGGCUACCUACUGAGCCUUAACACACCACUACCUGGGUAUGAAUGCACUUCAAUCAAACCACCAGGACUUUAUGGUGCUUGGCUUCCCAUGCAAUCAGUUUGGGUUGCAAGAACCAGGAGCAAACGCAACCGAAAUCUUCAAUGGCAUCCAAUACGUUCGGCCAGGGAAUGGUUUUGUUCCAAACUUCAAGUUGUUCAAGAAGAUAGAAGUCAAUGGUGACAAUGAAGAACCUCUUUACACAUUCCUCAAGAAACACUGCCCCUCUACAAGGGAUGGAUUUGCUAGCAAAGACAGCCUCUUCUACUCACCAUUCAAAGUGAAUGAUGUACGCUGGAACUUUGAGAAGUUUCUGGUGUCACGGAAUGGUAAACCAGUGAAACGUUAUGAUGCCAGUACACAUCCAAAUGUUAUUGAAGCUGACAUAGUGAAGUUACUGAUUCAAAACAAUGACCACAUCACGCAACAAACAAAACAAUAGUUCAGUGGCACAUUUUUGUAAAUAAGUUGUGAAAUAAUUUUAUACAAAUCAUCUGUGUAAGCCGGAAAACAUUCUGACACCAUGAAUCCAGUUUCAUUACUUCUUAUGUUUUGAUGCAGCAUGAUAUGUAUACUCAUGCAUACAAUUUGUAAAUAUUUUUGACCAUGUCCAUUGUGAGACACAAAGACUUCAUAAUCUGUAUAUACUUACGUUUUCCCCAUGUGUACCUUCUCCCACAGCACCUUGUCUGUAACUGGGAUUGAAGAGGAAAUGAACACUUGCAUGCAGAUUACUAUAAGCCUUCUUGUUUAUGACGAUUCAGCCAUAAACCAAAAGCACGGUGGGUUGAAUCUGAUAUGGCUCAGGCUGCAGGAACUUCAGUGCAUUCAUCCUGUAGCAUGCAGACUGUGAAGAGGCUCAUAUUGACUGCAAUCAAGUACUGGAGACAGCUACAAGAAAGGCAAGAGAAGGCCUACACAGGAAAUAUUUUUACCCUAAUGCAUAUAACAAAUAUAAUCAAUAGACUGUUUUCUUUCUUCUCCAAUUCUAACUGCUAAGUUCAGAAAGAAUUACAUCACGUUUACUUCUAAGAGACUGACUGUAAAAAUUCUGUGUGUAAUCAGUCAAUCUACAUUUAGAACAGCCAGAUACUGAGUCUAUCCUGAAACAUUUCAGUUCAGUUCACAUGUCCACAACAUAUUUCUGUAUGGUCUUCAUGUAUGCGUAAGAUUUUCUAAGUGGUUUCUUUCUCUGGGGUUUCUCUAUGCUAUGCCAUCCUUCCAGAUUUGAUCAUUCAGAGGGUAAUGGAUGAAAGUACAAAUUAUGAAUAUCCUCUUUACAUAACUAUCCAUACUCCUUUUCUUUAAUUUCUCUUAAAUUCGCCAGAACUUUGUCUUUGAAGCCAAACAUACAUUUACUAGAUAAAGCCCCUUCUAUUACAGAAAAAUUAAUAAACAAACAUCAACCGAUCACUGCAGUUCUUUAUUAAAACCUGACUCUUUACGGUGAGUUUUUUUUUCCCACAUAACUGAUGGCUUAUAAUUGCUUCCAAAGCUGAGUGAAUUAUGGAGAAAACUUACACAUUCUUAAAUAGCUUGGAGUUUAAAAAUAUAAGAGUUACACUUUUAUCAAUUUUAAUUAGGCCUUCAAACUUCAAGAAGUUUCCAGCAAAUUUACCGUUAAAAACGGUAGUCCCAUAAAAACUGACAAACCAGAAGUGACUCUUGCAAUAUAAAAUAAUGCUAGGCAUGAAACUUCAUACCUUAUAACUAACAAAGGAAGAAUGGAAAGUACUUUUACCUUCAAUUUCAUUGCAUAUAUAUCAUACCAGCAGAAAAGUGACAUAAAAUUCAACAGAAAAUUAUUUCUUUCAUAUCUUCGUUCUUAAUCUCUUCUCUUUGUCUUUCCUUUAUCCCUUUCAUACCUUUGCUCUAUUCCUUUAUUUCUCCAUUAAAAUAGUGAAUUAUGUUACACUUUCAUUCUUCAGUGAAAUUUGUGUGUCAAUUCAAGUUAAGAACUUUCGUUGAAAACCUGUUUACUGAUUUUGGACAUACGAGUAGAACCUGUGGAGCUCCACUUUCUACACUAAGUACAGAACAUGUUAAAAAUCUUGGACAACUGAGUACAUGUUAAAUAAACAUGCCUACAAUGGACCCACCAGAUGCAACUCAAAGGCAUGAUUAGUUACAAACACAAAUGAAGAUACAUAAGUACAAUAUAACAACUAAUCACAAUCAAAUUUCUUUGUUUCAUAGUGGAUUAGGUAUGAAUCUUUAAAAAAAUAGGAUGUGAACUGGAAUGAACUGGCUCAGGAUUAGUCCUGUGGAAGGUUUUGGCAUGUGGGAUGUUGAUGCUCUUAAAAGAGAGUUUGUAAGAUUUGAAAUUAUAACAGCAGUGGUUAUGAGGUGUUCCAGAUUCUGGAAUGUAACACUAUGCAGCUAAUUGAUAAUCAGUCAACUAAGUGUAUGACAUUAUAUUCCAGAAGACAGGUUUAUUCAGUAGAGUUUGUCUAACUAUACUGUUUAACUGUAUUGCAAUGCAACUUCAUUUGCAAAAAUGCAGUUAAUUCAGAUCUGUAAUGUGCAGUGUGUGAAAAUAAAAUUAUGCUCCAUUAGGUGAAUAUGAUCACAAUUAAAUCAAAAUGAAACAUUUAA